UGUCAUCUGGAUCUACUGGGAAAGUUACUAACUUUGCCUGAACUGCUAUAAAUGGUAUUCCCUUUGGCAACAAACUGAAACUCUUCAGGACACAUCUCCAAAUUAGAGAUCUGGCACAUUUCUUGGCGCAAACGGACAAGCAAUUGAUGUGCCAAGAGUGCAGCAAGGCCGACAACACUUAAAAUCAGACUUCAAAACAGGUACAAACACCGCAGAACCCUCUGAGCCAAAACUAAAUACAAGGUGGAGACAUGGGGAAGGGUUUCUUCAUCAGCAAAGCAGUUGCUGUAACCUGCGUGGUUGGAGCCAUUGCUUCGGUGGCCACCAUCAUCGCCCUGUCUGUGGUUUACGCCCAGGAGAAGGCAAAGAAUGAAGUGGCACCCACGUCCACCGCCAACCCAAGUACCAGCCCCCCCUCGCCCACCACACCCUCCACCCCAAAGGAGCCCUGGCAACGGUACAGACUUCCAGACACCCUCGCUCCUGUCUCCUACAAUGUCACUCUGUGGCCCCGGCUGAAGCGCAACGCAGAAGGCAUGUACAUUUUCACCGGAAACUCCACGGUGGUCUUCAGAUGUGUGAAGGAGACUGACCUCAUCAUCAUCCACUCCAACAAGCUCAACCUCACCAGCUUUGGGGGAUACCUUGCCAAGCUGACUGGUCUUGAUGGAGCCACUGUGCCCAGUUUGAAAAGCACCUGGCUGGAGGGUCCCACCCAGUACCUGGUGAUUCAGCUCAACAGCCCGCUGCAGGCCAGCGGCAUGUACGCGCUCUUCACAGAGUUUGUUGGAGAGCUGGCCGAUGACCUGGGAGGAUUCUACAGGAGUGAAUACACGGAAGAUGGGGUGGAAAAAGUUGUGGCCACGACCCAAAUGCAGCCGACAGAUGCCAGGAAAGCCUUUCCCUGCUUCGAUGAGCCUGCAAUGAAAGCUGUCUUCCACAUGACUCUCAUUCACCCCAAUGACACGGUGGCUCUGUCCAACGGCAUGAGCUAUGAGCCUGUUAAGUCCACUGCAGAUGGACACAUUCAGACAAGCUUUGAACCUACAGAGAUUAUGUCAACCUACUUGCUGGCCUUUGUUGUGUCUGACUUUACAUUCAAUAUGACGACUACGCCUGCAGGAGAUGUUCUGAUCAGGAUCUGGGCUCGCAAAAAAGCUAUAGAGGAGGGCCAGGGAAACUAUGCCCUGGAGAAGACUGGGCCAAUACUGGAAUUCUUUGAGAAUUACUACAACUCUUCUUACCCCCUGAGCAAGUCAGACCAGAUCGCCCUUCCUGACUUCAGUGCUGGAGCCAUGGAGAACUGGGGCCUGAUCACCUACAGAGAAACUGCCCUCUUGUUUAAUCCUGGCGUGUCAUCCAAUGGAGACAAGGAGUGGGUGGCAACAGUCAUCUCGCAUGAGCUCGCUCACAUGUGGUUUGGGAACUUGGUGACCACAAGGUGGUGGAAUGACCUGUGGCUCAACGAGGGCUUUGCCACCUACGUCUCUUAUCUCGGUGCCAACAAUGCAGAGCCAGACUGGAAUAUGACAGAUUUAAUAGUUCUGAAUGAGAUCACUGGUGUCAUGGGUGUGGAUGCCUUGGCCUCCUCCCACCCGCUCUCAUCUAAAGAGGAGGAUAUCUUGACACCAGCACACAUCAGUGAACUGUUUGACUCCAUCACAUACAGCAAGGGAGCUGCAGUCCUCAGAAUGCUCUCUGAGUUUAUUACUGAGGACGUCUUUUCCAAAGGACUCAGUACGUACUUAGAAGAGUUCAAGUAUAAGAACGCAGUCUACACGGACCUGUGGAAGCACCUGGAAAUGGCGGUGGAGAAAGCUGGCAUAGAUCUGCCCCACUCUGUGGAGGCUAUCAUGAACCGGUGGAUCCUACAGAUGGGCUUCCCAGUGGUCACCAUUAACACCCAGACUGGAAAAAUUACCCAGAAACACUUCCUACUGGACCCAGACUCUGUGGUGGACAGACCCUCUCCGUACAACUAUGAGUGGUUUGUCCCCAUAACAUGGAUUAAGACUGGUCGAAAUGAAGAUAUGUACUGGCUUCUUGACAAAGAAGCAACAAACACAAACAUGACUCUUGGUGCUAAUGAGUGGCUGGUGGCCAAUAUAAAUAUGAAGGGCUUCUUCAGAGUCAACUACGACUCUGAAAACUGGAAUCGUCUCCUCUCCAAGCUGAGCUCUGGACAUGAGGAUAUUCCAGUGAUUAACCGAGCUCAAAUUAUCGAUGAUGCUUUUAACCUGGCAAGGGCAAAGAUGGUGAACACAACUCUGGCUCUGACAACUACCAAGUUCCUUCAUAAAGAAGUUGACUACAUGCCCUGGGAGACAGCCCGUCGCAACUUGAACUACUACUUCUUGAUGUUCGACCGCAGUGAAGUGUAUGGACAUAUGCAGGCUUACCUAAAGAAACAGGUCACCCCUCUGUUUAAAUACUUCAAAGAGCUCACUGACAACUGGACAAAGAUCCCAGCGAAGCACACUGACCAGUAUAACCAGGUAAAUGCAAUCUCCAUGGCCUGCAGUACUGGAGUAGAAGGCUGUAAGGAGCUGACUACUGGCUGGUUCAAAGAAUGGAUGGAAAAUCCAGCUGUCAACAAGAUUAGUCCCAACUUGAAGUACACAGUGUACUGCAGUGCAAUUGCAGCAGGAGGUGUGGAUGAGUGGGACUUUGCUUGGUCCAUGUACAAGAAUGCCACCAUCGCUUCAGAGGCUGAUAAACUCAUGUCUGCUUUGGCCUGCACCAAACAGCCCUGGCUGCUGAACAGGUAUCUGGAAUAUUGUCUGGAACCUAAAAUGAUCCGGAAGCAAGAUGCCUCCUCCACCAUCAUUUCCAUUGCUAAUAACGCCGUUGGUCAACCUCUAGCAUGGGACUUUGUCAGAGCCAAAUGGGACCGUAUAUACAACUAUGGUGCAGGAACGUUUUCCUUUGGAGGACUAAUUAAUGGAGUGACCAAACGAUUCUCCACCGAGUUCGAGUACAAGCAGUUGCUGCAGUUCAAAGAAGACAAUGCAGGGCAGUUGAGCUCUGUCACUGCAUCUCUUGAGCAAGCACUGGAGAGGACCAAGGCCAACAUGCACUGGGUGGCCUCGAACAAGGAGCAGGUGCUUAAAUGGUUCACCAGUGAGGCUUCUUCUCCAGUUUAACACUGCACAGUUUUCUAAUGUAGAUUGUUUUACUGAUUUUUACUCAAGCUGGAACCAAAUGUAUUGUUAUAAAUGUUCUGAAUGUGAUGGAGCUUUUUCACAAUGUAAAGAUUAUUUAAUUAUUUUUACUGAUAAUGACUAUUUGAUACCAAAAUCUGGUUUUAUAUAUGGAAAAUAUAUUUUAUCACUGUACAUACUGCCAACUUUUGAAAAUUUUUAAAGGAAUUUCAAGAUUUUAAAUAAAAUCUCACAACACAGAA